AUGGAAGCGAUGAGCAGUAAUGGAAUUGUACAUAACCUGGAGCAUGUACAUAUCCUGUCGGCGGUGCGAACACCAAUCGGUGCAUAUCAGAAAUCGCUCGCGAACCUCUCACCGGUCUGCUUGGGCAAGGAAAUGAUUUUUCAGUCACACUGCAAGUGUUUGUCUGCAUAUUUUUUAGGAAUCUUGCCCAGUGACGUUGAUGAAACAAUUUUUGGCUGCGUUUUGACGGCAUGCCACGGACAGAAUGUUGCUCGACAGAUCUCGAUUAAUGCUGGUAUCCCGGUGACGUCUCCAAGCGUUACAGUCAACAAAGUAUGCUCGUCAAGUAUGAAAGCGAUCAUAAUGGCUGCACAGGCAGUGCAGACUGGCUAUCGUUCUGUGGUAUUGGCUGGCGGUACUGAAAGCAUGAGCAAUGCCUUUUUUGGUGUUCCACGAGCUGAUGUUAACGCUAUCAAUGCGAACUGCUUUGUGGUACUGCUUUUUCAAACUCGCUCCUUUUUAUGCGUUUUUUUUGCAGCUGUGCAAUGCAAAAACAUAUAUUGA